AGUUUAUUGUCUGUAAAUUUUAUAAAAAUGAUAUUUUUAUCCCUAAUUAAGUAAAAACCGCCGCUUUCUUUACUUAACGUUGUUGAUGUACCUUAAAUACAAGUUUUAAAUAGUUGAAUUGUAAUAAUGAAGAUUUUAAUAAUAACGCUAAGCGUGAUAUUCUGCUCGCACUUCACUUACAAUGUAGCAGCCAAGUCAAAAAAAUCAAAAUCAGUAACUACACUGCUUGAAGCAAAAUGGGAAACAACCCCUUUAGUUUUAGAAACCGUAGAAUACUUGGCCGAUGAAAAUAUAGACUUUUAUUGGAGAUUCAUUGACUCUAUAAGCAACUUAAAAACACCCUUACAAAAUAUUGAAAACGAUAGAGAGAAAUAUAAUGUGAUAAUACAAGAGGCAUCUAAGUUAAUAACCGAGUCACAAUUAUCAGUAUUAAAGUUAGGAUUAUCGUUGCAUAUUUAUGCUCCAAAGGUUCAAAUGUUUGGGCAAAUGGCUGUUCAAAGAAACUUACCAAAUUGCGAGACCGUCGUGGAUAUUGCCGGAGAAUUGACCUGUGAUGUUGGUGAAAUUGAAAAAAUAGUUAAAAAAUCUUUAGAUAAAAAGGAAAAAGGUGUGGAAUUGUAUAAAGUAGACACUUAUUUCCCUGGUUCAGAAAAUAGAACAGUUGUUGCUGUCUUAUAUGGCGAACUAGGCACAAAAUCAUUUACCAAAUUCCAUCAAAAACUCAAAAUUCUUACACAACAAGGUUUGAUUGGUUAUGUAAUUCGCCAUUAUAUCAGGGAAUCAUCAGGAACCCACCAAAGGUUGUCAGGUUUUGGAGUUGAAUUACAAAUGAAAUCAACUGAAUAUAAAUCGCAAGAUGACACACAAGUUCAUGAAAAAACAAACUCUGAAGAAUCCUCACAGGAAGAAGAAGAUAUUGAAAUUGAAGGAUUUGAUUUUGGAAAACUCAAAAAACGUUUUCCAGAUGUUAAAGCAGAACUUGACAAAUUUAAACUAUUCCUUGAAGAAUCCUCCAAUGAACUGGCCCCACUAAAAGUAUGGCAAUUCCAAGAACUAAGUUUACAAGCUUCAGAAAGGAUCAUGAAGGCCCCCAAAGAGGAAGCAUUAAAUGUAUUUACAAAUAUUGCCCAAAACUUCCCUAUGCAAGCUAAAGGUUUGGUUAAAACAGUGGUAAGCCAGGACUUAAAAAAAGAAAUGAAAAAGAAUUCCGACAUAUUUGCUUCAACUUUGAACCUCCAACCAUCCGAUACAGCCCUAUUUAUCAAUGGAAUGUUUUAUGAUGUAGAUUUAAUUGAUGUUUAUGGCAUAAUGGAUGUUUUAAGACAAGAAUUACGAACUAUGGAAGGCUUGCACCAACUAGGCAUUGGCAACAAAAGACUUAAUACUCUAUUAAGUCUUGAUUUAGGGGACUCCAGCAUCUCACAGGAGUUUGCCAUUGAUAUUAGAGAUUCUGCCAUCAAUUGGAUAAAUGAUAUUGAAAAAGAUUCAAGGUAUAAUAGGUGGAGUACAAGUGUAAUGGAAUUGUUGAGACCCACUUUUCCUGGUAUGAUUCGACAAGUUAGAAGAAAUUUAUUCAAUUUGGUACUGAUAAUAGAUCCUACCGAUUCUGAAUCCCGCGGCAUUUUAAAACUUGUAGAAUCUUUUGUGAUACACACAGCUCCAAUCAGAGUUGGCAUGGUGCUUACUGUGAACUCCUCGGCCUCCCUGGAUGGCUUUAAAGAUGCCGGGGUAGCCAUGCAAUGCGCUUUCAACUAUGUGUGGCAGAAGAAAGGCCACCCUGCAGCCUUAACAUUUAUAAGAACCGUUAUGGGCGCUGCGAAUGGCAAAAAAGUCACCGUCGAUAACGUAAAAAGCGAGUUAAAGAAACAAUUCAGCGACGAUGUCGACGAUAUUAUCGGGGAGGAUUCGGAUUACGAUUACGGUAGACAAUUGUCGGCCGAUUUUAUUCAGAGAACCGGGCUACGCAGCACACCGCAAGCACUUCUAAACGGUAUUCCUUUGAACGGAAAUCAGCUGACCGUAGACGACUUUGAGGAGGCUGUUUUGCAAGAAAUAAUGUCGCAAACGCCGACGUUCCAAAAGGCCGUCUACCGCGGCAAGCUCACCGACGGCGAGGAUAUUCUGGACUUCAUCAUGAAUCAACCCAAUGUAAUGCCAAGGUUGAACGAAAGGAUACUCAACAAGGAAAAAUCCACGCAUUUGGAUAUGUUGGGUAGCGCGACAAGCACGAGCAACUUGCAAGAACUUUUAACUCUAAGUCCCAGAGACAUGACGGCCACCGCCAUGGCUAACGUCAAGUAUUUUAGCAUGCCAAAGAAGGGCAGUAAAUAUCAUUCGAUGACGUACUGGAUUGUCGGCGAUUUAAAUUGCCCUAAAUCUAGAGGCCUGCUACUUAACGCACUCACCCACUUGAAAACAGAGUCGGAUGUCAGAGUUAGUUUUCUACCUAAUGUUGAUGGUGGCAAGAAGCAUCUUUUAAAUAAAGUGGUGUUGGCUGCCCAGCAAGAAUUAACACCUGAAAAAGCUACCAACUAUGUAAUCACCUUGCUUAGUGAUGAUGAUGCAGUUAAAAAGUUGGAAGAAGGGAAAGAUCUUUCAUACCCGUCCGAAAUAUCGUCGAAGAUCGAAUCGCAAGAACUGAACUUGAAAAUGUUGCGAGUCUACUGCGCGCGCGUACUAAACAUGAAAGACAGCCGAAGAGCUGUCAUUGCUAAUGGAAGAGUUUUGGGACCGCUGGACGAUGACGAGGACUUCAGCACCGAAGAUUUCGGUUUGUUGGAAAGAUUUAGCUCCGCCUCUUACGUUGAUAAAAUUACCGAAGCUAUACAAAAAGACGCCGAAGAGGAAGAAGAUGUUACCAGCGAUACCUUCCUGAAGAUGGUCUCGCUUCUCGUUUCCAAAACGCAGUCCAAAUCGCGUUUCGACAUAAAUUACAGCGGAACAGAGCAUUCCGUCAUCAAGAUACCGGCGAAAAAUCCCGAUCAAGUCGCCUUCGAUCUGGUUGCCAUAGUGGAUCCAGUGUCCAGAGGUGCUCAAAAGCUGGGGCCCAUACUGCAAGCUUUGCACGAGGUGCUCAACUGUAACAUCAGAGUGUUUUUGAACAGCGUCGAGAAAAAUAGUGACAUGCCAGUAAAAAGUUUCUAUCGCUUCGUUCUUGAGCCGGAGAUUCAGUUCAGUGAGGAUGGAAAACAAUCCCCAGGUCCCAUAGCGAGGUUCAACAAUAUGCCUACAUCACCGCUGCUAACCCAAAACUACCAUGUACCCGACAACUGGCUGGUUGCAGUCGUAAGAUCCGUGUACGAUUUGGACAACAUUAGGUUGGAAAAUGUCGACAGCAAUGUGCAUAGUGAAUACGAGUUGGAGUAUCUUCUAUUGGAAGGUCACUGUUUUGAACAGACCACUGGGAGUCCACCAAGAGGUUUACAAAUCACUUUAGGGACUGAAAGUAAACCGGUGAUCGUGGAUACCAUAGUGAUGGCAAACUUGGGCUACUUCCAACUUAAAGCCAAUCCGGGUGCUUGGAUUUUAAGGCUCAGACAAGGCAGAAGUUCGGAAAUAUACGAAAUAGCGAGCCAUGAAGGUAGCGAUACCCCCGACAAUUCCGAAGACAUCAAAGUUGUGCUGAGCUCUUUAAAAUCCCACAUUGUGAAGCUCAAAGUUCAGAAGAAGCCCGACAAAGCAAACAUGGAUUUGCUUUCUGAGGAUGAGGGUAAUGCUGGCAUAUGGAACUCCAUUACAAGUUCUUUCAGUGCGAACGAAAACGGCGAAGAGGAGAAACUGAACAUCUUCUCCGUCGCGUCGGGUCACCUCUACGAACGCUUCUUGCGCAUCAUGAUGCUGUCGGUCCUGAAAAACACCAAAACGCCGGUCAAAUUUUGGUUCCUCAAGAACUACCUGUCGCCGCAAGUGAAAGAUUUCCUGCCCUACAUGGCCAAGGAGUACGGGUUCGAGUACGAAUUGGUGCAGUACAAGUGGCCCAGGUGGCUCCACCAGCAAACCGAGAAGCAGAGGAUCAUUUGGGGGUACAAGAUUCUGUUCUUGGACGUGCUUUUCCCUCUCGAUGUCAAGAAGAUUAUCUUCGUUGAUGCCGAUCAGGUUGUAAGGGCUGAUAUGACAGAACUACAACAGAUAGAUUUAGGUGGUGCCCCAUAUGGUUACGCACCUUUCUGCGACUCCAGAAAAGAGAUGGACGGUUUUAGGUUCUGGAAGCAAGGUUAUUGGAGAAACCAUCUCCAAGGCAGAAGGUACCACAUCUCGGCCCUCUACGUUGUCGAUUUGAAGCGCUUCCGCAGAAUAGCCGCCGGCGAUAGACUCAGAGGUCAGUACCAAGCUCUGAGUCAAGAUCCCAACAGUUUAUCGAACUUGGAUCAAGACUUGCCCAACAACAUGAUCCACCAGGUGGCGAUAAAAUCGCUGCCGCAAGAGUGGCUUUGGUGCGAAACUUGGUGCGACGAUUCUUCAAAAUCCAGCGCGAAAACAAUUGAUUUGUGUAACAAUCCUCAAACAAAAGAAGCGAAAUUAACAGCAGCUGUGAGAAUUUUACCGGAAUGGAAAGGUUACGAUGAUGAACUGAGAGAGUUGCAGAAAAAAAUUGAUUCAGGUCUUCUUGAUGAAGAAGCUGAAAGUACUGAAACUGAAACCGAAACAACAGGGAGGACUGAUAUACAUUCUGAACUAUAAAAAUGUACAUUUUUAAUAAAUAUUAGUUAAUUUUUUAAUAAAUAAUUGUGAUUUCUGUAA